AUGGCCGUUUAUAUCUGCGUCGAGCUGGAGUCCAUCACAGGCCUUCCGGAGAUUAUGAACUGCCUGGUUGGUGCAUGCUUGAGAAAAGUAUCAAGUUCACCGUCUCGAAGGAUCGUCGAAGCCUUUGUGACACAUGCAGUGCCAAAAGACGAUUCGCUACAACUGCCAACGUCCACCUCUGUCAACCCGCUGGUUCCCACAUCAACCCCGUCGUCCGUCUCACUGGAGCAAGUGGAAGCGUAUCCUCGAUCGGAGAGUGUCGACAGUGACGUCAAUGAAAAGAUCAAAAUUGAAGACUAUUCGGCGCAAUUCCGAGAUGCGGAAACGCCAAUGAAUGACGAGAUGGACGAGACGGAUCUUGUUGCCUGUGGUUCAGAACUUUUGCAGCAGGUCUCCGCUAACUUCUCGUCAUAUCAGGAGAGAACGAAAAAUUUCACUGACAACGAGAUGUCAAUGGUUCGUGAGAAGGGUGCUGGCAGUGCUCCGAAACAGUGUCAGGUGGACUAUGCUAUGCGGUCAUUGGAUAACGGCGAAGAAUGUUACGAGCACAUGUGGCGACGCAUCUCACUAUUAGAAGGUUUGUUUUGCAUUGGUAGGCUUAAAUGGCUCAGAUGCACGCUUUGUGGCCAAGGUUUCGAUCGUAUGAACCGUGCCUCGAUACAUGUUGAGAAAUGCCAUGCAGGAGAUUCCGGAGCAAAGGUGGAGUCGGCAAUGAAUGCUGAACAACGCAAGGAAAUAGAGAUGUUGGCCCGAAAAUGUUUCCCACGUAGGAACCGAUCGUCAGGUUCAGAGGAAUCCAAGUGA